UUCUAUGAUUUAGCUGUUAAGCAUAAGCUGAUGAGGGAAGUUAAAUGUGCUCAAAAGGAUAAGGACAAGAAAUACAUUCCAAUUUUAUGCGAACAAAUUUUCAACAUUUCACCGUCCAAUGUUGCAAGAGGACAAGAACUAAAUUUUAGAGAGCCAUUCACCGAAUUGAACAGAAAUCUUUUUAAUACAGCAAGGAAGCAUAGAAAUAUUUUCUCAAAUGUAUGGGUGAGCAGAGGUUUUAUAAUGGUAAAACAGGAACAAGGUGAAAACAUAAAAGUAAAAUCAAUGCAGCAGCUUAACUUGUUAAUUAACACUUUGAAAAACCCAACAAGCAUGGAACAUUAAAACGGCAAAUUUUUAAAUUUUCGCAUCUUGUUUACUUAAAAAUCACUUCAUAAUUAAUUAAUUAACAUAAAGCGGCAUAAAUAGACUCAACUAAGCAUCAAAUUCUAGAGCAUAGUAAUAUCCGAGAAAC